GAUAGCCAAGCGAACGCGGUUAGCAAAAGACUUGUGAGAGCGAGCGCUGCAUAUGUAAGCGAAUACGUACCCGGGUCCAGGAAUAUGAAGAGAUAUUGCCACGUGGAGUCUCACACCGACCGCGCAGCUUCUUUCCAAUUGGAAAAAUUUUCCCUUGUUUAAAAACCCUAGAGGCAAUAAAUCACCUCGAUUCUUCCUUUUGCUUACUUUGAUCCAAAAGAUUUUUCCAAUUCCUUUUUGGUAGAAUUUUUUAUUUCUCGAUUCGAUUUCGUCUGUGCUUCUUGCCUCUUUUAGGUUUAUUGAGACUGCAGUCCUUGGAUGGUACAUUGAGAAAUCAUAAGCAGAGCAUGAGCACUCUUGAGAUAAGGGGGCCUUCUCUUAGGGGAUAUCGAAGGAGAAAGGCAGUGCUUGAUCUGAAUGCUCCACCCAGUGAAAUCAGGGAGCAGGAGGGUACAUCUCAACAGGCUGGGUAUGAGGAUCAAACGAAUCAAUCUGUACAGUCUGGUCCACCUGCAACCAUUGAUGUUGAGGCUAUUGAUGAUGAUGUAAUUGAAUCUUCUGCUAGAGCUUUUGCAGAGGCUCAGAACAAUUCUAGGAGGAGCCGUGGAAGGACUGUGGUUGAUGUUGAUUCAGCUCACAUUUCUGCCCUUCCAGGCUGGUCAGCGAGGUCAAGUAAUAACAAUCAGAAUAGGCACAGAAGACUUCCUCCGAGCUCAAGCAUUAUCAAUUUGGAAAUCUCGCCACAGUCAAUUCAGGUUGAGGAAAUCACAAAGCCACAGCCACCUCCAAAGGAACCAACCUUCAAUUGUCCAAUUUGCAUGGGUCCAUUAACAGAGGAGAUGUCAACAAGAUGUGGGCAUAUUUUCUGCAAGGCAUGCAUUAAAGCUGCAAUAACUACACAGGCAAAAUGCCCAACUUGCAGGAAAAGAGUCACAGUGAAGGAACUAAUUAGGGUCUUCCUGCCAUCGGCCAGUUGAAUAAAAAUUUCAUGCUCAACUAGUAACGGAUAAUACAAACUGCCCUUGCAAAGAUAAAAAAAAAAAGGUCAAUUCAUCUGGUGGUGUCAGUGGAGCUAGUUUUUGGAAUUUCUGACAUGUGCAGUUCUAAAACUAUGUUUUAGUGGACAAUCUUUUUGAUUUACUUGUUCAGGCUGGCUGAGCUUCAUUGUUACUAAAAUUUGUUAUUAAGAUUUUGCUGACUGGUAUUCUAAGAACAUUCUUUAAGGUGAUUUUAUAUAAUUAGAAUAUUUUCACUAAA